AUGUCCAAAAAAUAAAGCAAUGAAAAUGCAGAUAGAUAUUAAGGUGAUGCUGGCAAUUUCUAAUCCUUAGAAAGUGAUGAUGGGCCAGGACCAAUGAAAUGUAAUUAUAAAAAUAUAAUUUUUAGCUAUUGAAGGAUGGAUUGUCAUUGUUAAAGGUAUACAUGAAGAAGCUUAAGAAGAUGAUGUGUUUGAUGCAUUCAGUAAAUAUGGACCAAUAAAAAAUUUACAUUUGAAUUUAGAUAGAAGAACUGGAUUUGUUAAAGGGUAUACAUUACCUAAUAAUAAUUUAUAGAUAUGCAUUAGUUGAAUUUAAUGAAUAUGCUCAUGCAUCUGAUGCAAUUAAUGGGAUCAAUAAAUCAGAGGGAAUAUGUGGUAAAAAAGUUCAAGUUGAUUGGGCAUUUAAAAAGCCUCCCAAGAAAGGAGCAUUAAAAUAAACUAAAAAAUAAUGAUUUAGAAUUUAUUUGGUUUUUAAUAAAUAAAUAAGAAGCA